AUGCAGAAAGAAGUCAUGAGUUGGCAGGUCCUCACCUGGUGGGGGCAAGCUGGUGGAGCUGGCAAGUGUAACGUGGUGCGAGAACACCCAUGUGUUGUGUCGUUUCCCCCCUCCCUCCACCAGAUUGUCUUCUACGAGGACAAGAACUUCCAGGGCCGCCGCUAUGAGUGCGACAGCGACUGCUCGGACUUCCACGCCUACCUGAGCCGCUGCAACUCCAUCCGGGUGGAGAGCGGGGCCUGGGUGGUGUACGAACGGCCCAACUACAUGGGCUACCAGUACGUCCUGACCAGGGGGGAGUACCCAGAGUACCAGCGCUGGAUGGGCCUCAACGACAGACUCAGCUCCUGCAAGAUGGUCCACUUUACCAGCGGGGCCCUGUACAAGAUGCAGCUGUAUGAGAAGGCAGACUUCGGGGGCCAGGCCUUCGAGGCCACAGAGGAUUGUCCCUCUCUACUGGAGAAGUUCCGCUGGAGGGAGGUCAACUCCUGUAAGAUCUUCGACGGCUGGUGGGUUUUCUACGAGCACCCCAACUACCGCGGGCGCCAGUACUUCCUGGAGAAGGGGGAAUACCGCAAGCCGGGCGACUGGGGCGCCGUCAGUCCUACGGUCCAGUCUUUCAGGCGCUUCACUGAAUGA